AUGGGCGAUCAGAAGGUCUCCAGCGUUAUUGAGCGCCCGCUUCCCAACGGCGUCAUCUAUGACAUGUCAACCGUCGGGCAUGUGCGCAUCACGCUUCCUGAAUCUUCAACCUGGUCAAGUGGACUUCAUUGGCAUGAAACUCAUGAUGAAUACUUGAAAGUGGUGAAAGGAACAAUUCGAGUUCGCCUGGGAGAUUCGCGACAAGUCAUCAGCGCUACCGAUGGCAAUCAGCCCGAGAUCAAAGUGCCGCGCUACGCUUGGCAUGAAUGGCAGCGAGCCGCACCAAACGGCGAAGAGGUCAUCGUGAUUGAGAGGACGGAUCCGGAUGACAACGAUAAAGCCAUCUUCUUCUGGAAUCUGAAUGGUGUCAUUCUCAACAGCCCCAAGUUGCUGGAUGAUAAGGCCUCGGUGGUUUCUCGCUUACCUACAAGGCUGCAAGGGCUGUUUCUCGAUAUUUGGAUUCCUCUGAACUUGUUCAUCAUUUUUCGAACCUUGGACAAUAUCCCUGUAUUUUUGAAUAUGCCUAAUGUCUCGCGAGUGUCUCAUAAUAGACUGAGGUCCUUCCUACGGAAUGUCGAUAUAGCGGUCUCGCAUCUCAUUCUACUUGUUGCUUCGUGCGUUGGUUGGGUUCUAGGGUUGCAGCCAGUUCAACGGAGAUACACGCCUGAAGACGCAUAUGCGACAUGGCAUUCGCGACGGGAUAAUGCCAAGAAGAUCACAUAA